AUGAGGGGAUUGAGAAAUGAGAUUGAGAGAUCCGUCAGGCCUCUGGGAAUCAGAGUUUUCCAACAGGUGGUUGAGAAAACUUGGGAGGUAGAGACCAUGGAGAAUCGCCAGAGGGGCAGAUCUGAAAGUGGGGGACCGAUCCGUUCUGGACAGAGACAGACCGGAAGGUUUGAUGGGCAAAGGAAAGCUGGGAGGUUUGACAAGAGCAAGGCACCGCCGAGGAAGCCUUAUCAGCGUCCUGCUGACAAGGUACCUAUUGUUGGAAGGGGUGGAGCAGCUAGUCCUAAGGAGGAUGUUGUUUGUUUCAAAUGUAACCAGAAGGGGCACUAUGCAAAUGAGUGCGGAAAGGAGAUUGUGUGCUGGAAGUGCCAGAAGCCAGGGCAUGUAGAGAGGAACUGUCCUAAUGCUGCUAAGGCCGAGCCAGUGCUGAAUAUUGCUAGAGGAAGGAGACCUUCUGCUCCAGGGCGUGUGUUCGCAAUAUCUGGGGAACAAGCUCCAAUGACUGAUGACCUUAUCCAGGGUACGUGUACGAUCACUGGAAACUCCUUAAUGGUCUUAUCGGAUUCUGGUGCUACACACUCAUUCAUUGCUGAGGAGUGUGUGAAGAGAUUAGGAUUGCUGACUGCUGAUUUACCCUUCGAUUUGGUGGUGACUACCCAUGUCGCCGAUCGAUUAGUUACACAUACGGCAUGCUUGCAAUGUUCAUUGAUCUACGAGGAUCGAAAGUUCCUUGCGAUCCUCGUCUGCUUAGGGCUUAAGGAGCUCGAUGUGAUUCUGGGAAUGUAUUGGUUGGCACAGUAUCACGUUCUCUUGGAUUGUGCUAACAAGGCCGUAGUGUUUCCAGAUUCAGGCGUUACGGAUUACUUGAAUUCGUACACCUUGAGGAAGGGUUCACCAGCAUUCGUGAACUCAAUCGUAGCCAAGGCGAAGAAUGACAGCGACGUGCGCAACAUUUUGAUAGCACAAGAUUAUGUGGACGUGUUUCCAGAAGAUGUGCCUGGAUUACCGCCGGUGAGAGAGACGGAGUUCUCUAUUGAUAUCAUGCCCGGCACGGGGCCAAUAUCAAUGGCGCCUUAUCGGAUGACACCAGCGGAGUUGGCGGAGUUAGCAAAGCAGUUGGAGGAUCUCUCUUCAAAGGGAUUUAUCCGACCAAGUGUGUCGCCUUGGGGUGCACCAGUGUUGUUGGUAAAGAAGAAGGAUGAGAAGACCAGGCUUUGUGUGGACUACCGACAACUCAACAAGGAUGGGGAGAACCUGGUUAUUGGACCCGAGUUGGUUCAACAGACCACGGAGGAGGUGAAGCGAAUCUAG